UUCUUCGCAAUGAGUGAGCUGGAAGAAGUUACUGAACAAAUCAAUUUUUCUGUUGAAGAAGUAGAAAUAUUGCAGUGGUGGCGAGAACAUAAGAUAUUUGCUAAGUCACUGGAAUUCUCAAAUAAUUUGUGUAAUUUCGUAUUCCAGACAAGGUACUCAGUUCAAAAAACUGUCAUUAGCUUUAUUUUUAAAACACAAGGAAUAAUAUGCGUAUUAAUAAAUUUAAGAAUGAGUAAAAAUCGAACACAUUAUACGUUUUAUGAUGGUCCUCCGUUCGCCACAGGGCUACCUCAUUAUGGCCAUAUUUUGGCUGGCACCAUUAAGGAUGUUGUAACCCGUUGGGCUCAUCAAAAUGGGUACUAUGUUGAACGGCGCUUUGGCUGGGAUACACAUGGCUUACCUGUCGAAUGUGAAGUAGAUAAAAUACUUGGUAUUAAAAAUCCACGUGAUGUAUUGGAGUUAGGCAUUGAUCGUUAUAAUGCGGAAUGUAGAAAAGUUGUCAUGCGAUACUCAGCAGAAUGGGAGGUUUGCAUCUCUGUUUUCUGCAUGUAG